AUGAUUGCAGUAACAUGGGAUAGUGUCAAAGCAGAGACAGAAAAGGAUACCGAUUUUAAAGCAUUAAUGUUAGCAAUAGAAAACGGGUUCCCAAAAAAUAAGAACAACUUCAUACCAAAUCUUUUACCGUUCUGGGAAUACCGCAAUGACUUGAUGGUGUCCGACGGGGUUAUAAUAUACAAUGACAGAAUUGUAAUCCCACCUACUCUACGGAAAGAGAUAUUGGACGUACUACACUCAGCCCACCAAGGAGUAUCGGGAAUGACAGCCAGAGCUCAAGCCACUGUUUUCUGGCCAGGUAUCACUCACAGCAUACAAAGUAAGCGCGAUAACUGUUGCAGCUGUAAUCGAAAUGCACCUUCUAAUGCACGACUACCACCCAUCCGACCUCACAUCCCUGUGACACCAUUUGAAUGCAUAUUUGCUGACUAUUUUGAAUUCCGUGGCUGGGAUUAUCUGGUCAUUGGAGAUAGACUUUCUGGAUGGACCGAAGCCUACAGAAUAAAAUCAGGAACAUCAGAAAUGAGUGCAAAAGGUCUUAUCGCAUGCUUACGUAAACUAUUUACAACAUUUGGAGUCCCAGAAGAAAUUUCAACUGACGGUGGCCCUCAAUUCAUCUCUGGAGAAACAAAAGAAUUUCUACAACAAUGGGGCAUAAUUCAUCGCAUUUCAUCAGCCCACCACCCACAAUCUAAUGGAAGAGCUGAGCUUGCAGUUAAGUCAACAAAACGCCUCCUCGAAAAUAAUGUGGGACCAAAUGGUGAUCUCAAUAAUAACGCUUUUGUAAGGGCAAUGCUUACAAUAAGAAACACACCAGACCCUACUUGUCAGUUAUCCCCCGCUCAAGUAUUAUUUGGCCAUCCCAUUCACGACGCCAUGCCCAGGAUAAAAUCCAGAAUACCUAUGUUUAAUAACGACCAAUUCUUGAAAACGUGGAGACAUGCAUGGUCUGCAAAAGAAGAAGCAUUACGAACAAGAUAUGCAAAGACCCUUGAAUCACUUCAAGAACACACACGUUUUCUCACACCACUACAUGAAGGAGACAGCGUCUUCAUACAAAAUCAAGUAGGGAACCACCCUAAAAAAUGGGAUCGUAGUGGAAAAGUUGUUGAAUGUAAGGAAAAUGACCAAUACAUCAUUAAGGUUGAAGGAACAGGUCGACUAACAUUAAGAAAUAGAAAAUAUUUGCGCAAAUUCCUCAACCCACUAAAGUCAUACGAAACCGAAGUUGCAUUGACUACACCACCAAGAACAAGCUCUAGUCACUAUAACUCUGCCGAUUUGCCAACACCAUUUACAGAGUAUGUCCCAGAAAGUAGCAACAAAGUCAUACCAUCCCAACCGGAACUAGCACCAUCUACAGUAUUGCUACCGUCUUCUACAUUAGCACCAGCAGUACCACCACUACCUCUACCAACAACUUCAGUACCCUUACCGUUGAUGCCAGCAUCUUUAUCAACAAGCUCGCCGCAUCUAGCGAUGCCACCUUUAUUAAAUACUGAAAUCGUAGGAGAUCAACCAUUGAAACGUUCAUCCAGGCUACGUAUCCCCAAAAAAUUCUACCAACCAGAAACCGGGAAAUCUUUGACAUUAAAUGACUUUAAGAAAUGA